GAUUUCCGUAGCAAAAUAAAAUUAGGAUUUAUUGGAAUCCUCGUUGUCUCCACUUUGACUCCCCUAUAGAAUCCCCUCUUCACCGUACAGCCCAUUUAUCUUUUCUUUGUAUCUAAAGCAAAACUCCCUCUACAGUCAGAUCCAUCCAAAUUCCUCCAUUAAUUCAACUAUGAGUUACUACAAUCAACAACAACCCCCUGUUGGUGUACCUCCACCACAAGGAUAUCCACCUGAAGGCUACCCAAAAGAUGCAUACCCACCACCAGGGUACCCACAACAGGGUUACCCACCUCAAGGGUACCCUCCCCAGUAUGCCCCUCAGUAUGGUGCUCCACCCCCUCAUCAACAACAACAACAAUCUGGGGGCACUGGUUUCAUGGAAGGAUGUUUGGCUGCUCUGUGCUGUUGCUGUCUCUUGGAUGCAUGCUUUUGAUGCUGUAAAUGACCUGUCCAAGCUUUGGUGGCAAAGAGUUGAUUGAACCAAUUAUAUUAUAGUCUAGACUUUUUCUUUCUGUGUUUUGUCCUUGAUGUCCUGUCCUGUCCUUGAUAAAAAAAAUUGAUUCUAAGUAUGAUGAUGCACCUUUGAUGUGGUGAAGAAUUUAAGUGUCUAUUUGCCAAAUUAUACAUUAUGUGCGAUGCGAGUGAUUCUAUUUUUUAUGAUUUGGACCUCUAUAUGUGGAUGCACCUUCAUUUGUUUAAGAAUUUAAAGCUUGAAGUGUCUAUAAACCAAGCUCUUGGGUUA